AUGGCAGAAGCAAUGAUGAAUACCCCAAACAACCCUAGUUUUGUGACACCUGAAGAAUAUGUAGGAGCCCCCUUUAAUUUUCAAGAAUACAUGAAUAAAGAAAAUAUGAAUAUUUUAACUACAACUCUGGGUGGAAUUGUUAACAUGCUGUCUAGUCUUGAUAACAAGCUGAAUGAUAUGAACAACAAGAUGAGUGGUGCUGAAAACCAAUUGAAUCAUCUGAAAACUUACAUGCAAAACAAAAUGAAAGGAGGAGGAGGAAGCACUUACCAGAAAAAAGAGGGACAAGGGGGAUCAGGAGAGACUAAGAAAACAAGACAGACAGACCCAUGCUACAUCUGCAAAGAGUUAGGGCAUUGGGCCCCAGAUUGCCCCAGAAAAAAACAGGAUUCGUGCUACAAAUGCGGAAAAUUUGGACAUUGGGCUAAUCAGUGUACAGAGGAGGAUCACCAAUUCGUAAAAGACAUACAAAAAACUGAAGAAAAAAAACCUCGGGAAACCAAGAGGAAACUACCCCUGACCAGUGAUAAUGCCCAGAAGAAAAAGAAAAUGUAA